UUGGGCGGCUGACCGGUCCGUCAUGGCGGCCGCGGCCGCUUCCCCUGCUCUGAAGCGGCUGGAUCUGCGCGACCCCGCGGCGCUUUUCGAGACCCAUGGAGCGGAGGAGAUCCGCGGGCUGGAGCGCCAGGUUCGGGCCGAGAUUGAGCACAAGAAGGAGGAGCUGCGGCAGAUGGUGGGGGAGCGGUACCGUGACCUGAUUGAGGCGGCCGACACCAUCGGCCAGAUGCGCCGCUGCGCCGAGGGGCUGGUGGACGCCGUGAAGGCCACCGACCAGUACUGCGCCCGCCUCCGCCAGGCCGGCUCGGCCGCGCCCCGGCCGCCGCGGGACCCGCAGCCACAGCUGCCAUCCCAGGAGAAGUUCUACAGCAUGGCUGCCCAGAUCAAGCUACUCCUAGAAAUUCCUGAGAAGAUCUGGAGCUCGAUGGAGGCCUCUCAGUAUCUCCACGCCACACAGCUCUACCUGCUCUGCUGCCACCUCCACACCCUGCUCCAGCUGGAUGCUUCUAGCUCCCGAUACAGCCCUGUCCUGUCCCGAUUCCCUAUACUCGUCCGGCAGGUGGCAGCAGCCAGCCACUUCCGGUAAGUGGCUCUGGCAAAAAGACCUUCUCUGGCCAUGGCCACACGUCAGCCCUACGAUUUUAUGGAGUCAACCAUUCUGCAUGAGAGCAGGAUGCUCCUGAAGUGCCAGGCCGUGUCCGACCAAGCCGUGGCCGAGGCCCUGUGCGCUAUAAUGCUCUUAGAAGAGAGUUCUCCUCGCCAAGCCCUAACAGACUUCCUGUUGGCCAGAAAGGCAGCUAUUCAGAAACUUCUCAACCAGCCACACCAUGGUGCUGGUGUCAAGGCUCAGAUUUGCUCUCUCGUGGAGCUGCUGGCCACAACCUUGAACCAAGCCCAUGCUCUUUUCUACACUUUACCGGAAGGUCUGCUGCCAGAGCCGUCCCUGCCGUGUGGCCUGCUCUUCUCAACUCUGGACACCAUCACAGGCCAGCAUCCCCCUGGGAAGGGCCUUGGUGUUCUGCAGCAGGAGAUGAAGCUGUGCAGCUGGUUCAAGCACCUGCCCGCAUCCGUCGUCGAGUUCCAGCCGGCUCUCCGGACGCUGGCGCACCCCAUCAGCCAGGAGUUCCUGAAGGACACGCUGCAGAAGUGGAUCCACAUGUGUAAUGAAGACAUUAAAAAUGGGAUCGGCAGCCUGCUCGUGUACGUGACGAGCAUGAAAGGUCUCGCGGGCAUCCGGGAUGCCAUGUGGGAAUUGCUUGCCAACGAGUCCAUCCAUCACAGCUGGGAUGUGAUCUGCCGGCGGCUCCUGGACAAGCCGCUCUUAUUCUGGGAGGAUUUGAUGCAACAGCUGUUCCUUGACCGGCUGCAGACUCUGACAAAAGAAGGCUUUGAUUCCAUCUCCAGUAGUUCCAAAGAGCUCCUCAUUGCAGCUUUGCAGGAGCUGGAAAGCAGCACCAGCAGUUCUACUUCAAAUAAGCACAUCCACUUUGAGCAUAACAUGUCUCUCUUCCUCUGGUCCGAGAGUCCCAGCGACCUGCCUUCCGACGCCGCCUGGGUCAGCGUGUCAAACCGGGCUCAGUUUCCCAGCAGCGGGCUCGCCAUGAAAGCACAAGCUGUUAGCCCUUGUGUCCAGAACUUCUGUUCUGCCCUAGAUUCUAAACUGCAGGUGCAGUUAGAGGACCUCCUGGCUUACCUCCCCUCCGGUGAUCCAGCGCUGCCCAAGGACGUCUCCCCCGCGCAAGCCAAGAACUGCGCCUUCGACAGAUACGCAGAUGCGGGGACUGUGCAGGACAUGCUGCGGACACACUCCACGGCCUGCAUCAAGCGCGUCCUGAACUGCAUCCAGGCAGAGCUGCAGAGCGUCGAGCAGGCUCUCCAGGGGCAGCAGGAUGUCCUCGGCGGGGUCAAGCUGCAUGCAGUCCUUUUCAUGGCCAGACUUUGCCAGUCGCUGGGAGAACUGUGUCCCCACCUGAAGCAGUGCAUCUUGGGAAAAUCAGGGACCACCGAGAAAUCAACAAGGGAUUCUAGGGCUCUAAAAAAGCAGGGGAAGGGGAAAGCUCAAGAAAUGAUUCCCAUGCAGGCCAAGUGGCAGGAAGUUAAGGAGCUCCUCCUGCAGCAGAGCGUGAUGGGCUACCGGGUCUGGAGCUCAGUGGUUGUGAAAGUUUUGGCUCAUGGAUUCACCCAGUCAUUACUGUUAGAUGAUGCUGGCUCAGUCCUGGCCACAGCCACCAGUUGGGAUGAACUAGAAAUUCAGGAAGAAGCAGAGUCUGGCAGCAGCGUCACGUCCAAGAUCCGACUCCCUGUCCAGCCGUCCUGGUAUGUACAGUCCUUCCUGUUUAGCUUAUGCCAGGAAGUUAAUCGGGUUGGAGGCCAUGCCUUGCCAAAGGUGACGCUGCAGGAGAUGCUGAAAAGCUGUAUGGUUCGAGUAGUGGCCGCCUAUGAGAAACUUGCAGAAGAAAAGCAGUUGAAGAAAGAAGGUGCAUUUCCAAUGACCCAGAAUCGGGCACUGCAGCUGCUUUAUGAUCUGCGUUAUCUCAACAUUGUGCUGACAGCCAAGGGUGAAGAGAUGAAGAGUGGCCGCAGCAAACCAGACUCCAGGGUUGAGAAGGUGGCGGACUACUUGGAAGCACUCAUCGACCCGUUUGACCUGGACGUCUUCACGCCGCACCUGCACAGCAACCUGAAUCGCCUGGUGCAGCGGACGUCUGUGCUUUUUGGGUUAGUGACUGGGACAGAGAAUCCCUUCACCUCCCGGAGCGGUACCUUCAACUCCCAGGAGCCCCACAACAUCCUGCCACUGGCGUCGAGUCAGAUCAGGUUUGGACUUCUUCCACUGAGCAUGACAAGCACUCGAAAGGCCAAAUCAGCCAGCAGAAGCCUCGAAACAAAAGCCCAGGUUAGUGCGGAGAACAGGGGUUCAUCCCAAUUGAUCCUGCCCCCGUUGCCCACCAAACCACCCAGUCAGCUCCCCUUUAAAUAACCGAUAAAGAAGCAAGACGACAGGAUGCACUAAUGCUGUUUUAAUGGCGGCGUAAUAUAGAAGAAGUACACGGCGUCACUAGCUCGAGCUCAUGGAACUUGUAAACGAUGCCCAUUUACACUGUCGAGUAGCCUCGUAACAGAAACGUAUCUCAGGCUGCCAAAGCUCUAGAAAAUAUGCAGGACAGGAUGGAGGUUAUUUCUUGUGUUUAACAGGGCAAAAGAGUUAACUGCUAACCCAGCACGAUGAUUGUACUUAUUUGGAAAAAAAACUGUUUUCCUUCAGUGAUGGUUUCGUCUUUCAUGUCUUUUAGUUGGGUGGGAAAUAAAAGGAAAUUUGCUUUCUCGAAUGUCACAUGUUCUUGUUAACACCCGUCUUGUUUCAGUGGGCUGCCAUCCAUUAAGCCUGCGAGAGUCCUCCUGGGUAUUUCCGAAUUGUGUUCAUGUGUGUUUGAGAGCUCAACAGCUGGUCUUCUUACAGCAUUUAGUCAUUGUUGGUUUGCUUUCUUGUUAGAUAAAAUACUAGCAAUGUACCCUUUCCGUAUUCCCUGCCAUCAAACCCAUUAAGAUCCAAAAUCCUCAUCAAAUGUCUGGUUCUAAAACUUGGGAGAUGGUAAUAAAAAAAAGGAGUUCCUACACAAACCACCCGCUCGAGAAGCAUGGGCCCGUGCUGUUCGCUUGCCCACCAGUCUCCAUGUCUGCCCGUAGAAACCGAGCUUUCAGCUCUCCCACGGCAGAGGAGCAGACCCGGGAAGGGAAGUAAAGUGCUUACCCUCUUCCCGUAGUCCACGUCCUCAAAUUGCAGUUCCGUCACAUAAUAAAAUCUCCUUCUGUCCCAUGUCCUCCUCACAU